CAGUCGGGUUCGAUCGUUUUAAUUCAGAUUGGAACAAAUCAGCAGUCUUGACAGGAAGCAGCAGAACGAGGAAGACGAGACGGGAAAUAAGAGAAAUGGAUUUAAAAGUCGAACCGGGCCGACAGAAGACCAUGAAGCCAGAUCUUUUAAUGGACUCUCCUGGAGGUUUCAUGAACAUGAUAAUCGGUCUGCAGACGACCUUUCAGCACUGAAAUAAACUUCAAACUGAGGGCGAGGUGGAGUGAAUGGUGCUGAUGGAGGAGGACAGCCCAGACGUGACGGACUCCGUCCUCCAGCAGCCGCUCCUGGAGUCGUGGACGUCCAUAAAUCUGCUGAACGGACAGCAGAGGCUGAGGCGGACGGGACGGACGGAGGCGGCGUCUCCCCGGAGGCAGAGCGGUGGGAGCAGAUCAUCUGGCCGCCGCGUCCAAUUUCCUGCGCCAGUCCUCGGCUCUCCUUCGCCACGGUGCAGUGGGACGUCCCCGACGCCGCCGCCGAGACGCCCGGAGCCGUGACCGACGAGCGAGGGGACGAGGCGGACCUCGACGACGCCCCCCCGCCGCCGCGCCGGCCUCGAGGCGAGCCUGCUGAGCCGGGGAGUGCGCGGAGCGGGCGCAGCGCGGCGGCGCUGAUUCUCAGCCUCUGGACUCGGAGCUCCGCUGGACAGGAAAUUACGCCGAGCCAUGUGAUGCUGCAGAGCCGGAGAUACAGGAAAGGGAAGCGACGCUCGAGCUGCUGGAGAGCGACGGCGAAGUCCGGUCGGGACCGAGUCCGAGGACGACGAGGAGCCGUCGGAUCAGACCGAGGGUUUGAUAGACGACCUGGAGGAGAGCCGUGAUCUGAAUCCGAGGAUGACGGCUUAGCAGAUGUGAAAGCAGAAGAGGAACGGGAGGAGUCCCGCACUCUGCUGACAGAGCAGCUGGGGUCGGGGAAGAAGAAGAAGAAGACGACGAAGAAGAAGCAGCUUCGGCCGACACCGACCAGACUGACGAGCAGGACGAGGAGCUCCAGGGAGAAGACGAGCAGACGCCUGCCUCCUGCUGUGAGGAGAGCCUGGAGGAAAAGACCGUGGACUGUGUGACAGACGUAGUUUCCACACCCGCAGAGCCGCUGCAGAUCGACGACGUUAGACUGACCCUAACCCCGGAUCCACCGUCGGACCUGCUCCGGUCGCAGCUCCAGGAGGAAGAUCGGAGCUCGGACUCUGAUGAGGCGCUCACCCGUCCCAUCGACACGACAGAGAUGUGCCUAGGCCAGACCGUGGACCCCGAACAGCCGAAAGCGGUGGAGGGCAGCGGCGGAGCAUCCAUACAGGAGGCGGAGAAUGGAGAGAAGGUAGAAGGUUCACAUCAGAUCGUUCCGGAGAUCGAAGUUCUGGCAGAGGUGGACCGUUCAUCAGCAUCGCCGCAGUCUGAGUCCAGUCAGGCUGAGACGACCCAGAACCCAGAGCCGGUCUCAGCCGAGCCGCCACAGGACGGAGGAGGAGAGUUUCCGCAGCUGCAGGACUCAGCAGAUCAGUCAGCCCCACCCGAACCUGCAGAGAUGGACCCGCCGGAGCAGAACCAGCCCCCGCAGACGGCGCCGGAGCAGCCGUGUCCAGAGGCCGAGGUCACGCCGCAGACCGGAGAGCCCAGCCGGCUGGAGCAAGACCACCAAGCGCCAGAGCAGGUCCAGGACCCUCAGAGCACCCGGGAGGGAGACGCACCGGCGGUCGUGGCCAACGGCGCCUCGCCCCAUUUGAGCAGCGGCCAGGUGGCGGAGAAGGCCCGGCAGCUCGCCCAGCGCCUCUUCCAGCUGGACGGCGUUCAGCGCGCCGACGUGGUGAAGCACCUCGACAAAGACAACGACUUCAGUCGAGCCGUCGGGGAGGAAUACCUCCGAUUCUUCGACUUCAGCGGGCAGAACUUGGAUGAAGCUCUGAGAUCCUUCCUGAAGGUGGUGGUGCUGAUCGGGGAGUCGCAGGAGCGUGAGCGCGUGCUGCAGCACUUCUCCUGCCGCUUCCAGCAGAGCAACCCGGCCCUCUUCCCGUCCUCCGGGGCCGUGCUGGCUCUGACCUGCGCUCUGAUGCUGCUCAACACCGACCUGCACGGACAGCACGUCGGAAAGUCCAUGUCGUCCUCCAAGUUCGUGUCUAACCUGGACGGGAUGAACGAAGGAGCCAACUUCAGCAAAGAUCUGCUAAAAAGUCUCUAUAACUCCAUCAAGAGCGAGCCGCUGCCGUGGGCCGUUGACGGGGAGGAGCUGAAGAGCGCCGUGCUGCCGGAGGAAGACGCCGGCGAAGACGCGCCGCUGCGCUCCAAGGCCAACCCCUUCCAGGACGUCCCGCACGACAAGACGGCGGCGGUGGUGAAGCAGGGCUUCCUGCAGAGGAAGCUGCACGCCGACGUCGACGGCAAGCGCACUCCGUGGGGGAAGCGCGGCUGGAAGACGUUCUUCGGCGUGCUGAAGGGGAUGGUGCUCUACCUGCUGAAGGACGACUACCGCAGCCAGACGCAGACCCAGGAGGAGGUGGUCGGCGUGCAUCACUCCCUGGCCGAGCCGGCCGCCGACUACACCAAGAAGCCGUUCGUCUUCCGCCUGCAGACCGCCGACUGGAGGGUCUUCCUCUUCCAGGCCUCGUCCAAAGCGGAGAUGACGUCCUGGAUCGGCCGCAUCAACCUGAUCUCCGCCCUCCACUCGUCGCCGCCGUUCCCCGCCGCCGUGGGCUCCCAGCGGAGGUUCUGCCGGCCCAUCCUCCCCGCCUCGCAGUCCGCCCACACGCUGGACCGGCAGCUGCAGGCCCACUCCCGCAUGCUGGACUCCUUCAGGGAGGAUCUGUCUGAGCUGCAGAGGAACGCCGCCGAGGCCCGGAAGGCCCGGGCCCGGGAGCUGGAGGAGCGGCGAGUCCCCGAGUACCUGCACUUCGAGGUGUGCCGUUAUGAGAUCUACCUGCAGGUGCUGGAGGCGUGGGGCAGCGUGCAGCAGACGGGCGGCGGCGGCGGCGGCGUGCCGAGCGGCGCCGCUCUGAAGCAGUUCGACAGGGCGCUGUGCUCGGACCCGCCAGAGGACGAGGAUGAGGAGCAGGAGGAGGCCGGGCUGAAGAGGUCCCACUCCAGCCCGUCGCUGGAGGCCGACGCGGCGCCGCCGCAGCUGGUCAAGGUCAGGAGGAACAUCUCGGAGCGGCGCACGUACCGCCGCAUGGUGGUCCCCCUGGAACAAGGAGGUGUGAGUCGGGAGUUCAGGUCGGACCAGGAACCGGACCAGGAAGCGACCCUGGUCCUCCGGGUCCUGCAGUCUGACCUUGUUGCACUUUGAGCAGCCGAAGCCUCAGGGAGCCGCCCGCCCUGCUGUCUGGGACGCUGCUCUUCCGCCUGGCGGCCACAGGGGGGCGCCGUCACACAGGACUUCUCCUCUGGAGAAACCUGGUUUUGCACUUUCUGUUACUUUGUUCAUAAAAUGUUACGAAGUUGGAGAAAUUGUUUUUUUCUCCCACAAGUGAAGGAUUCUUCUCCAACAUCCAUUAAAAAAAACAAACUCCGUCUGUUUUAACUCUUUAAUGUUUGACAACUUGAGUUUUCUUUUAAACUAAAAAUGACAAAUUGAAGGGAAAACUGUGCUUUUUGUUGAUUUAAAUGUUAUUUUUUCACUUAAACAUGACAGUGUUUGGUCUUCUUACCUGAUUUUAAUAAAAAUAGAAUCAUCUGUGUUUUAAUAUGAACACAGAAAACCACUGCAGGUUUCAUUAU